CUAGCUGGACUCGUACCGUGCAAGGAACCUGUGAGUGUGACCUUUCGUUAUGUAGCGGAUGUUGAACGUGAUUCUCGGCUUGGAAGUUCGUUGUUUGAAAAAACAAAAAUUGUUCCCCUCAGAUUGAGCUGAUCAUCCUCCCUCUCUUCCAGGCUUCCUCUUUGGCUCAGUUUUCAUGUAUGUCAAGUCCAGUCGAUCCGCUCAUGAAUCAUAGCACCAAGGUGCUCUAUAUUUCGUAGUGAAGAAAGCAGUAUCGCCGAAUAAAUGGACGAGAGUUCGGAGUCUGAAGUUUACGAAGUUGAAAAAAUAAUUGAACAUCGGAAAAAGGGACGUUCGGUGAAGCUGUAUGUCAGAUGGAAGGGCUAUGGAGAAGAAGAAAACUCCUGGGAGCCUCUGAAGAAUUUGUCUGGGUGUCACGAGUUGGUCGAAGAAUAUGCACGGUCGAACUCCGACUUCAAAUCACUUCUUUCUGGGCAGGAACACAAGCCUAUUGCUGGAGUUAAGCGAAAGCGUGCAAAGGACACAGAACCGGCCAAGAGCGGACAGUCAUCACCUGUUCACUCGCCUCACCCCAAGCGUCCUCGUCAUCCCAGCCCAGCGCCACAGGGUGGUGAUUGCACAGGCGGCGCUAGUGCUAGAGGCGACAACAAUGCAUCUUCAGUCAAAACCUCACCUGUCCCUUCUAAGCAGCCCGCCAAUACUGCAGACAAAGUUGACAAGGCCAAGAUUAGAGGUAGGAAACCUGCCGGGGCUGCUUCUACUGCUAACCUCAUGGCUGUAGAGAAGACGAGAAAGAAUAUGUCACCUUCAUCAUCCAUGCCAACUCCAUCACAUUCACCCCAGCAAGCAGCAAAGUCAUCAGGCAUGCUUGACGGCACACAGUUGGAAAACCAGAUGGACGUCUCUACUUCUGUUGGUCUUUCCGCUGCAGUAAACCCUGGCAAGACUCCGCCGUCGCAAACCACUCCGGUGAAGAGCAAUUCCGAUAGUAGCAAGCCAAUGGCCCAUGCUAGCAGUGCACCUCCUGACCAGUCGAAUGGCUUUUCAACUGGUUGCCAUGCUAAAACACCUACUGAUGAUACCAAGGUGGAAACAACCAGUGUCCGACGAAAUACACAGAAUACCGGUCAUACACCCAAUGCCAUUUCUCAAUCACAGCCAGCCAACAGCAGUGACGUCCCACUGGUAAACGCCAACGGCAUCGAUGAGAAGGAGGUCAAACCGGUUGUCAAGGGAGCAGCAGAUCCGGAACAGGAUAGUGGGGUGGAAACAGGGCCAAGACUUCAUGAGGAAAUGGCACAGCCACAGUGCAAGGAGGAGAACAUGAAUACUGAUGAAGAGAAUCAGGUAACACCUGAGCAAGUGCAACCCCAUAAUGUCAGGUCAGAAGUGUCACCGAAUAGUGACAACCAUCAAGGGUUACCCAAUAGUUGCACUCAACGAGUGUCACCCAAGGGUGGCAACCAGCAAGUUUCAUCAAAUACUGACCACUUACAAAUAUCACCCAAUGGUUGCAGCAAGUCCCCCGUGGAUGAUAUUAUGUCUGCUGGUCCUGGGACUGAUGAUCGAGCAGUUGCUGCUAAUGGAAGCAAAUCCUGCGGUGCUAUUGAAGCAAAGGCAAAGAACGAUAUGGCGAUGCUCAAGAGAGUAGGACCUAGCUGUCAAGCGGUAGCCGAUGUGCCAGCUGGCCAUGCCACACCUGGGAAAAAAUCCUGCGUCAUUACGCCAGCUUCCAAUCACCCUACAGCUCGUACACCUGGUGUUGUGGAGGUCUUUCAGGCCACAAACUCAACCCCACCUCUGUGGAAGGCACCGACAAGCUCUGCCGAGCAAACGCAAGCAUACUUGACGGUGGAUGCUGUCCAGCAGCUAGGCAGCUUGCGGCAGCCGAACUCCUCUGGAUCUGAUACUUUUACAGAGAACUGGGUCAACUCACUGGUUGGUGUGAAACUGCUGGAACGCGAGGAAACCAUUAAUAAGAAUAUCGAGGCUCUGGACCACCCGGAGAAGAAGAAGAAAAAGGCUACAGUAUCGCCGUGUCUGAAGCUGCCCGCAAGCAAUGCGCCAUCAUCUUCGAAGUCACGGAAGACAGAGCAGAAUGGCAAGCCUACUCAAAUCAAGAAGGCAGAAGACGUGGUCUCUGAUGCUGGUAGCAGUAGCGAGGGCUUGGAUUUGCCAUUUGGCACAGCUAUCCAUGCAGAUAAAGAAAAUGAUAAUGCAGAUUUUGAUUUUGAUGAGUAUGAAGACAGCGAGAUUAUGGCAUCGUCCCAGAAUAAGUCAGCGGUGGUUGACAUGGCUCCUGAUGCACUGGCAACUGCUACAAUGGAAGGCAAUGUCAGCGUUCUUCGUGCGGCUGCCCUGCACAAGGUCAACCUCAACCACAUUGUCGACAGCAAAGGGGCCACGUUACUGAUUACGGCCGUCCAGUAUGGCCAAGAGGAAGUGGUCCAGUUCCUUCUGGAGGAGGUAGGGGGCGACAUCAACAUGCAGCCGCACAACGGGGAGACGCCACUAAUGAUCGCAGCGCAGCGGAACCGCCAUUCGAUUUGUAUGCGGCUCGUACGUGCUGGUGCUCAGCUGGAUGCGCAGUCACUGGCAACGCAGGAAUCAGCACUGAUUAUGGCGUGCAAGCGAGACCAUAUGAAAGUGGUAGACGUUUUGCUUCGCUCAUCCUCCGAUCUCUCUGUGACGGAUGCAAGAGACAUGACAGCAAUGGAUCAUGUGCGCGCCUCCUCGCCAUCACUUGAAGCUAGGAUAAAGAAGCACAGUAGUCGAAUGACCGAAUAUCUACUGAGUGCCGUAUCUGCUCGGGUGCAGCUGGAGGGCACACCCGAGCAGCCAGCUCUUCUCGGCUUUCACAGCUUUGGCGCACCACACAGCACAGCCUACCGCUUUGUGUUUGACUUUACGAAAACCGCAUCACCCGUGAACAUUCGCCUUUUCUUACUGCGAGGCCGCUUGAAGCAAGAUGGUGCAGGAAUGCGUCUGGCUUGGGUGGGAAACAGUACAGUAACAGAUGUGUGCCUCAACAAGGAAGAGGUGAAACCGCAAGUAAAGCAGAACAUGUACCAGCUGUGGCCAUGCCUAGGCAAGAACGAGGUCACAGUCAAACUCGACAGGCUCGGCAUGACCAAUGGCUCUCUGGAGAAAGGUCCUCAGCCAGUGGAUCGGAUAUUCGCAUGCAUAUACAACCUGGUAAAGCACAAGUAAGCCUGCUGGAAUGCCCUGUCAAUGUACAGAACAUACCAUGCCCAGCAUACUGUGGAUCAUCUACAUGUAGGUAGGAGUAGGUCUCCACGCGGUCGUCGUCGUCAACAUGAAAGAAGCUAGUCUAGGCACAUUUCAAUAAUUUAUUUGCUGACGGCGCUCACAGCCACAUAAACAACCCGGACACCUGUCCGGACAUCACAUACAAUAACACGUCUUGCUCUAAUACCCAUUACAAAUUGAUCUUUAGUGCUUUCUUAUUUUAGCGUACAUUUACCUUCUAUUCCAACCUUAGUUCCAACAACCCCCAAUCAUAGUUCAGUCAUAGGAAGCAACCCAAUCGUACCAAUAACCCAGACCAAAUCAGCACUACCAUUGUUAUAUCAUAGCAUUCACUUGUCUUGUUCCGUCUCGCAUAUACUGCACGCCAUCAAGCACAAACAGCCGUUCGCCGUCUUGUAGGUAUGUGUCAAUGUAUGCCAUUUAUAUCACUCUUUAGGACACUGCCGUACAUGCUGGAUUAGUACUACACACACACGCACAACAGCUGCUGCUGCUGUGCACUAUAGCCACUAACAGAAGUAGCACAAUGUACAUACAAACCGAAGAACUGGUAACAAUCUGUCUUAGCACCUAAUCACCGCAAAUGCAAAGCAAGACGGUACCAUUUUUGCCACAAAAAAAGUCUUAUGGUUUAUCUCAAAAGAAUAGCUGUGUUAUUAUGAGGAUGCAAAAUGUUUGUUUCAUUUUUUUU